AAGAGGCAGAACCCAGAACUACUGUUACGACCGUCCUCAUGACGACGAAAGAAAAAGUCUGAGUGAAAAGGAAAAAGAGCGGAAAAACUGCUUGUAAUUAAAGUCACAAGUUGUCAUGUGUACUCUGUAUAAUAGGAAGGAAGUGUUCUCGUGUACAGUGCUUCACUGUUGCCUUCUAUUUGCAUCUCAUCAAUGCUCCUCUGGUUGCUGUUUGCGAAUAAAACUGUAACUAAACAGUUAGUAAACUUUGUAAAAAUGGAGACAUUCGGAUCCUCCAGAGUUUAAGAGUUGUAGGUGGAAUUCAUCGACAGAGGACUUUUAAAGCACUAAUACUUAUAAUGUAUUAGGAGGAAGAAAAAGACAGAAUGGCAGACAGAAGGACUUACAACGUUGUGGUUUUGGGUGUAGGGUUUCUGUUCAUUUUCACCGCCUUCACCACCUGUGGGAACGUUGAACAAACUGUGGUGAAAAGUCUGAACAAUUCAACUUUCAGCGGAAGUGGUUACCACAGUCUAGGGAUCAUCUAUGGAGUUUUUUCGUUCUCCAAUCUGAUUGCACCAACUGUUGUUACAGUUAUUGGAGCGAAAAUGACCAUGUUUUUGAGUGGCCUACUUUAUAGUGGUUACAUUGCAGUGUUCAUCAUGCCCUCUACUUGGUCAUUUUACCUGACCUCUGUUCUCAUCGGUAUAGGAGCAGCGUUGCUCUGGACUGCGCAGGGGCACUUCCUGGUGGAAAACUCCGAAGCUUCCACCAUCAACAGGAACACCGGGUUGUUCUGGGGUCUACUACAAUGCAGCAUGCUGUUUGGGAAUCUUUACAUUUACCUCGACUGGAACGGAAAAUCAGAAAUAUCAGACAGCAGCAGGAGGAAUAUUUUUCUGUUCCUGCUGGUCUCCUCCAUCCUUGGCACGCUCAGCUUCCUGGUCUUGAGGACGAGUCAUCGUGAAGAGGAGCUACUGUCUGAAGAGGAAGGGCAGUCGCUGCUCUCAACGCGCACAAUGUACAAGAACAGAGCAAACACCGCUCUUCAGGAUACCAAAACACAGUUCCAAACCAUCCUGCAUCUAUUGAAGACAAAAACGAUAAUGCUCCUGAGUCCCUGCAUGGUCUACAGCGGGCUUGAGCUGUCUUUCUACAGUGGAGUGUACGGAACGUGCAUCGGCGCAACUGCCCACUUUGGAGAAGCAGCCAAGGGCUUGAUUGGGAUCUCUGGGAUAGUGGUGGGCAUCGGAGAAAUAAUAGGUGGGUCAACGCACUGCUCACAGAGAUUUAAAAACCCAGGAGAGGUUCUUGCAGUAUUCUUUGUCCCUUCAGGUGGGGGGUUGUUUGGACUCCUGUGCAAAAACAGUCGCUUCAGACGAACCUCGGUGGUGUUUCUGGGGAUGGUCGUCCAUUUCGUUGCUUCCUACCUGAUUUUCCUCAACAUCCCAGAUGACGCGCCUGUCGUCGUUGAAACUACCACAAAAAAAAAUCCAUUUCUAAGCCCAUCUGCAUCCAUUGCCCUGCUGUGCUCCUUCCUGCUUGGACUUGGAGAUAGUUGCUUCAACACGCAGCUCUACAGCAUAUUGGGCCAUGUUUACGCCGAACAAAGCACGUCUGCCUUCGCCAUCUUUAAAUUCAUCCAGUCUGUGAGUGCAGCAGUGGCGUUCUUCUACAGCGGCUACCUUCUGCUGACGUGGCAACUCCUGCUUCUGGUCGUCCUCGGCUUUACUGGAACUCUCUGCUUCUUCGUAGUUGAGAGGAUACAGGAGUACUCCAUGGAUUCACAGGAAUUUUGA